CAAAAUAAGUUUCCGAACUAUUUACUGUACUCUUCGAAGGAGAAGGGGCCAGAUCCAGAAAUUGGCCAACCAGAUGAACGGACGACAUUGACCUCAUAUUUCUUUGCCCAGCACAUGCUCGACGGAUUUCCUCAGAGAACCCCGGAAGUACUGCAUAAAAUUUACCAACAGAACUGCUUUCCUUUCCGCGGCUGCUGGUAAUUCCUUGAUGGUUUAAGGCUCUCUUACCAAUUUUAGCUUGCUUAGGCAUCCCAUCUCUCUCGGACUUCAUUCCGGAGAUCGACAUGGCGCUUGUCGUUCCUAGACCACCCACACUCCAUCUCAGAACUUGUAGCAUUUUCGGGAACCAUUUCAAACCUUCCCUCGUCGUCGCCGUGCCCAUCCAGAUGCAGAACUUUCGGGCCAUGAACCUGGUUGCCAGAUCAAGAGCGAAUCCAGCAAGAACAGAAAGUGCUAAAACCAUGAACAGGAGGAGGCUAAAGAAGUUCAACGGGACGCCCAUGAAGCCACGGCUGUCAGUGUUCUGUUCAACCAAGCAACUUUAUGCAAUGCUGGUGGAUGAUCAAAACAAGAAAAUUUUGUUUUACGGAAGCACCAUCCAGAAAUCCAUUCGAGGCGAUCCACCUUGUUCCACGAUCGAAGCUGCUGAAAGACUGGGUGAGGAACUCAUCAAGGCAUGUGUUAGUCAUAGCAUCAAUGAAGUUACUUAUGAUCGGAAUGGGAACCCUCCGCGUGGGGAGAAGAUGAAAGCAUUCGAGAUCGCGAUUUCACAACAUGGGUUCUUGCCUGAUCGAUCGACCAGGACAAGGAUUCCUGCAGCUGCAACACCACCUUAGCAGAUACAAAAAAAUGUGCAUAGAUGUUCAGUGACGGCCAUAACUGGUUGACUAAGAGCUUUAGUCUUCCAUGAUCUUUGUAGUACUUGAUCUUGUUGCAUUUAAUCAAAACCAUAGCAGGUUUUAUGCCUGAUCGUGGAAUGCAAAACGCCAUUCGAAACUACGAAACGGGUUAGAACAUCCUAGCCUCGUUGGUCAUUAGGAUCGUAGCUGGCUUCGUUGGUGGCACAUGUGCAGCAUUGUGUAACCAAAUUCUUUUUCUUUUAAUGCCUAUGUAACUGCAUGAUUUGGUGCAAUGACAUCAGAUUUGAUCAUUCCAUCAUUCUCCCCUUAUAACGCUACAGAUUCUGAUAAACCC